GGGGAAGCGCGCUCCGUGGCGGCAGCGAGCCGGAGGUAAAGGCUAUGAUGUUGACAAGAACAGCAGUUAAUGUCUUGCUCUACUGGACAUGAAGUUGAUGGUUUAUUUGCAAUUUAUGAAUUAUUUUGAAGAUGGGCAAGGUCUGUGCUGUUUUUGGAGGAUCCCGUGGGAUAGGCAAAGCUGUGGCAGAGCUCCUGGCGCAGAAGGGCUGCCGCCUGGCCAUCGUUGCUAGGAAUCUGGACGUGGCCCAGAGCACUGCCCGUAGCCUUGGUGCAGGACAUCUGGCACUUAGCUGUGAUGUAUCCAGUGAACAAGAAGUCCAAAAAACUUUUGAGGAGAUGCAGAGGAAUUUGGGUCCUAUUAACUACUUGGUUAAUGCAGCUGGGAUCAACAGGGAUGGUUUGCUACUGAGAACCAAGACUGAAGAUAUGAUAGCCCAGAUUCACACUAACCUUUUGGGAACAAUGUUGACAUGCAAGGCUGCUGUAAAGGUCAUGAUUCAACAGCAGGGAGGUGCUAUUGUCAAUAUAGGGAGUGUUGUAGGACUUAAAGGCAACUCUGGUCAAAGUGUGUAUAGUGCUACCAAAGCAGGAUUAGUUGGAUUUUCACGCUCUCUUGCUAAAGAAGUAGCAAAAAAGCAAAUUCGAGUCAACGUUGUUGCUCCAGGCUUCAUUCACACAGAGAUGACAGCUCAUUUGGAAGAAGAUCAGUUGAAGAAAGCAAUUCUCCUUGGAAGAUUUGGAGAGCCUCAUGAAGUUGCACAAGCUGUUGCCUUUCUUCUAGAAUCCUCAUAUGUUACAGGGAGUGUUCUGGUUGUAGAUGGAGGCUUGCAGCUUAUGACCUAAGUACUACCUUGAAUAAAUGACUGCUUUAAUGUCAUGAUGGUAAUAUAUAAAUAUAUACUAAAUAAAGGGAGAGGGUUGGAAAUCGUUUGAUGAUUGAUGUACAUAAUUGACUUGGUCUUAUUUAUUCAGAGGAGAAAUUCAGCAGCAGUGAAGUGCAACAUAUGUGUUUAGCUGCCUGAAAGAGUCUGUUUGGUAUUACAAAGUCUGUGUAUGAAACAAUUUGAAAAAGAUCUGGUUUUGAUACGGUGAUAGCUUUAAUAAUGUGCUGAUAUGUUUUUAAAGCACUGUAUUUUUAUAAAGUCCUGCUUGCUAAUUUGGGGUAGGAUGAGAUUUUAUUUGAAUUAUCAUGUUACAGAAAGGAUAAUAAAGUGCAGAGACAUGUUUAUUGGGUGGCAGGUAUGACUACAUCAAGUUUUUCAAGUAGGGCAAAGUAGGGCAAAGAUUGUGAACUGCAUAGUUUUGCAUUCUUAUCAUUUAGUCCCUACAAAGUAGCAAGGAGUUUCCUUCGAGCUUUGUUUGUUUGUACCUAACACUACAAAGCUAGGAACUUCUAGAUCUUCAGCAUACCUGAGCUGCCUUUAGAAGCUUUAAUUAUAUGCAAUGUGUUUUUAUAAAGACAAAGCCUACUCUGUUCCAUUCCUGAAUGUAUGUACAGCACUCACUCAAUCCUGGGGCUCUUGCAUGUUCCUGUUGAAGGAUUGCUGCAGCACUGGAGCUACUAAUCCUCUCAUAGUCUCAGCUUGGGCUGCACAUGCACUGCUGAACACUAUGGCUGCAGACCUUGCUCUGUAAGACACUUUGCAAGGACUCAGUAGAUGUUUAGAACAUGUAUCACUUCUAGAGCACAAAAUCAAGGUGUUUUGUGUUUUGCUCUGUAUCUUCAUGAACACUCAGUUCAGCUGUUAAGUUGAUGCUCUCUCAUAUGUAUGUAUAGUCAAUAAAAUAGCCAUUUAUUUUAUUCAAAGCAA